CAGGCUGUGUGUAGAUUUGCCAAGUAUUUAAAUGUGCCAUUACAAGUCCACUAAGCUGCCAGUAAUCAAUAGCUUAUAUUUAAAUCAUGAAAUAACUACAAAGAUCUACCUACAACUCCAAUUGAACUGCACCUCAUGUAAACAAUUGAGGCAGCAUUCUGGAGGCCUGCGAUCUGCCCUGUCAGUUUCUACAGAAUGGAAGAGGAGGAGGAGGAUCGGGUAGGACAGUGGAAGGAUGACUCAGGGAGCCAGGCCAGGGAAAGUGACCGCCGCAGAUUACCGCAAACCGCGUGGAGUCCAGACGUCAAUCCAGUGCUGUCAUCAGAUGAAGAGGAAAUGUGGGAUACCAGUAAUGACAUCAUUAGUCAAAGGAAUCAAUCCACGAAUAAUGAUGGUAGCAGAGAACAAAGGACUGAUAGAGAACUAUGUAAGGACAGAAAUUCAGCCAGUAUCUCAUUAUUUGCCAUCUCUAACGAAGAUAUGGCAACAGACCAAAUACCUGAAGAAAUUCAAGAGAUUCCAGAGGUCAAGAUUGUGGAAAAACUGGAGAUCAUUGAAGAGGAAACAACUGACAGAGAAGAAACUGUUCAAGGUCAUUCAGUGGUCAGGGAAGACAACUCCAACAGUCAACUAUUAAUAAUAUCUCAGGAUCCUAAACCUACUGACCCCACAGAAAUUAGUCUUGGUGAUCUAUCGGCAGUGAUUAACGAGGUACAAGUCAACAGCUCAGACAAGAGACCAGAGCCUUCAGUUGCUGAAAUUCACUGUUUUAAACAUGGAACUGAGCCUAUACUUGCUAUCAAUGCUUUCUGUGAGGAAUUCACCUGGUUUCACUGUAACAACUCAAAAUUUACUGAAAGAAUGAAUGACCAAGGGAAAGUGACUAAGCAGAUCUACAUAGGAGGGUGGACUAGUUCUUUUGUUGUGCUGAACUCUGGGGACAUGGUUUACACAGAGUUUGAGGGGUGCACCAUGCAAAAGGUCUACAAGACUGGCAAAGUUGAGGAGUUCUGGACUACUAAACCACUCAUGCCACUGGGGGUGGGGCUGGCCCUAGACGGGGGUCUACUGGUUUGUCUAGUGGACAAGGACUGCUAUGAUGUUGGGGACGACAGCAUGCGUAUGGUUCAACACCUCACCGAGGAAGGUCAGUUAACAGAGAGCUAUGAAUACGCAGAGGACAAGGAAACACGAUUAUUCAAUUUCCCCUACCGCGUGGCUGAAAAUUUUAACACUGAUAUAUGUGUGGUAGACCGCCAAUCCAAAGACGUGGUGAUAAUUAAGGUAGUGUCAUUUGAUCGUAGACUGAAGUUUAUGUAUCAUGGAAAUACAAACACAAAGGACAGGUUUCAUCCAUCCGGAAUAGUGUGUGACUCCUACUGUCGUAUAAUAAUUACUGACUUUAAUAACCACUGUAUUCAUAUUCUUAGUGAAGAGGGGGCAUUUCUGAAGUUUUUAACCACGGACAAUGAUGGGCUUAAAUACCCAUACUGCCUUUCUCUCUAUGAUGACAGUCGCCUCUGGGUCGGGUGUAAAGACGGUGUUAUACGAGUUUACGACUAUAUCACUUAGUCUGGGAUAUUUAUCAAGUUUCAUUGGUUCUAGUUAAAACAUGGAUUUUAAAUCUGAACUGACUUUAAUACAGAAAUGUUUUUUAAGAAAAAUAAAUCUGUUUAAUCACCA